UUUAUCCCUCUGCUACGUGCUAGCCUUUCAUGUGAAUGUCAGGAUUUCAAACCUCAACUGUGUUCUUUAUACUCCUUAAAUUAGCCACCACAAAGGAAUGAAUGUCAGAUACUUUAGCUUGAGCAUCACGUGGCUGCUCUUCUGACGUCCUCGCAGAUCUGCCCUUAAGUAUGGAGAGUUUCAUCAAAGUCGUGCAGAGGAUUGAAGGCAGGGGCCUCGGUCCCUCACCGCUGACCGUGGUACGGAGCUUGCGGGGGGUGGCCUAUGAAGGUGAUGCCUUUGUGGAGCACUUUCUUGGAGAUCCCGACCCGUUCCCGAGUGGCGAGAACGAAGCCCCCAUGUGGGAUCCUACACUCUCUGAAUUCAUCCACCUCAUGGUUCGCCAUAGGAUAGUGGGCCAGGCCAGGGAGGAGGGGGUGGUCCUUGGCAGUGAUGGAACCACAGUGGCCCUCGGCUCCCUGCUUCUGGGCAUCGAAGCUGGGCUUGUGGCUGGGGCUGGAGAGUCAGUCUCAGGGCUCUACUCCCUCACCAUAGCCAGGAAUCUAGGUCUAUCCUUCCUGCACUCCCAAGACUCCCAAAUCCUGGGCCCGGACGGCUGCUGGGACAACGUGACCUUUCCCAGAGUGUUCACUCUCUCUGGGCCCCCCUCUCUGGCCACCGAUGCCCUCGUCAAUGGGGGAAUGGACGGAGUGUUACUGGGCAAGUAUCUGUCCACUCAUCCUCUGCAUGCCCUACAGCUGAGCACGGUGUUGAGGGACUACUACGGGCUGCACCCCGGGGGGCCCCCGGAGGGCCCACACCUCAUUAGUUUCCAGCGCAGGGACAACUUCAGGCGGCUGGUCAACGGCUCUGUCCUGCAGGAGCUGGUUCUGGGAUCCCUGGCCACUCUCCAGAGGCUCGGCGAAGCCGAGGACACGGGGCAGGCAGCGGCACUGGAGGACGUGGUCAAAGGGGGGGUGCAGAAGUUUGUCCACAGGUACCUAGAGUGUCCGGUCAUCAUCCCCCGGUGUCAGUGGGGGGCCCGGCCUUACCGCGGCUCCCCCACACAACUGAGCCUCCCCCUGGCAUUCAUGUACAUCCACCACACCCACACGCCCAGGCAGCCGUGCCUCUCCUUCCGGCAGUGCACCGCCGACAUGAGAGCCAUGCAACGCUUCCACCAGGACGUCCGCCGCUGGGAUGAUAUCGGCUACAGCUUCGUGGCGGGCUCAGACGGCUAUAUCUACGAGGGCCGAGGCUGGCAGUGGCGGGGGGCCCACACCAGGGGCCACAACACGCGGGGCUACGGCAUCGCCUUUGUCGGCGACUACACCGCCACUCUGCCGGCCCGGCGCUCCCUGGAGCUGGUGCGGGAGUCCCUGGCGAGCUGCGGCGUGAUGGCCGGCUGGCUCACCGGCAACUUCACCUGGCACGGCCACCGGCAGCUCGUCAACACGUCCUGCCCCGGCGGCGCCCUGUACCUGGAGAUCGAGAGCUGGAAGCAGUUCAGAUCACGGGACCAAGCAGCCCGUCACCAUUAA